AUGUCCUGCUCUGAUGUCCCUGCAGUUGCCCCCCCUCCAGAAGGAGCUGAAGGAAAUCAACUCUUUCACAUUUCCCUGCACCCACUCCCCCAGUGCUCACCAGCUUUUCCAUGUUGUGUUCUGUUCCAGACCUUCACUGGGAAUUUUGUGUACUACAUCCAGCCAGUGCUCCCAGAGGAUGUUGUGAAAGCAGUCCUGGAGAAAAUAGGGUAUGUUGCAACUACAGCCACCGAGUUUUCACUUGUCAAAAAGAGAAACAAUGAGGAAACGAAGCAGACUGCAUUUGAGAUAUUCCUGGCAAGAAUUGAGUGUGAAGCUAUCCUCGAGAUGACAAAUGAAGAAAAACAAGGUAAUUUGGAGCAGAGCCCGCAGCAGGGAGCACAAACACAUCGGCAUCAAGGAGAGGAGGGUGAGGAAGAUCAGGCACCCCGGAGAGGAGACACUGAAAGGCUGGGAAAUGGAGGGGACAGUGAGACACCUUUGUGCCUUGCUCCCCAGCAGAAGUGUUCAGCUGCCUGUGCUGCAUCCUUUGAAGCUGCUGGGAAUCCGAGGAUCAACGUGGCUCAGUCAGCAGCUGCUGAGUCCCCCGGCAGCCUCCAGGAGCACCAGAGGCAAGGCAGCGACACCACGCAGCUCCUGGGCAAGUGCUCAGACAGCGAGGACUUCCUGAGCACAUACAGUGACAUUGUCAUUGCACAAACACCCAUCUUCAGUGAGGCUCUCUCUCCAAAGGCUCUGGAGAAGGAGCCAGGAGGCAGGCUGAGUGAGGAGCGUGCCCUGGCAGGGGCUGCAGAGGCUGCACGAGUGCUGGGGCCUGCACCUCUGUCCCCAGGAGCCAGCGGCCCCCCAGCCUUUGCCCUGUUUGCUGACAGCUCCUGUGACAGCAAAACCACCUUGGAGUUUGAAGCUCCAGGAGUCCCAGAAGGAUCGAUUGAAGCAGAAAUUAAUGAUGCCAUAAAUUGCAUAGACCCAGCCCCUGGUGAUGAGCCCACGGAGCUGAAGUCUCUGCCCUACAAGGACUUUGCCCAAAACUGCAGCAUCCCCAGGGAAGAGGAUGUUUGUGAGCUGUCUUUAACCUUCACAGAACUACAAAUCAGGGAUGUUCAGGAAGAACUUACAUAUCCAGUAGAGGAAACUGGCCAGCCUGAGGCAGUGGCCUAUGCAGGAACAAGUGACAGGCACGUUAGAGAAUUUCAUCGCUCCCAAAUAAAACAUACAUACCUGACUAAUGCUGACCUGCACAACAGAGCAGCGUCACACACUGAGCCAGCUUCAGCUCUGUGCUGUACUGCUGGGCACUUGGAGGAUUCCACUGCUGACAGCAAGAGACUGCUCAUGGAUCCUGCCAAGGCACAUCCAGCUUCUGAGUGCUUCAGGCAUGUCAGAGAGCCCCCCAACCUCACCUACAUCCCCCCCCAAAGCAUUGAUGUGCAGCCCUCACACGGGGGCAGGAGCAGCACUCAGGGCAGGAGGAGCCUGCUGCAGCCUGCAGGGGACUCUGCUGGAGGCAGGGAAGGGAAGCUGGAGAGCUCUAAUUCCCAAGAGUCUGACACCCAGGAGCCUUAUGUCAUCAUCGACAGAACCGACCAGGCCGUGCUGUGCCAUCACACCUGAGUCUGCAGUGCUUUAUUUGUAAUUACCUGGGGGGACUGUCCUCUCACCUGUGGCCUUGAUCCUGUUAGGGAGAUGAUUAGCUUUGUCAAAACAGUUCAAAAAAACCCAAAGCACGUCACUGCUCUGGGACAGUAAAUAGCAGGAGUUACACAAAUUGCUAAUGGUUCCUUUGAUGCAAAAACCUGAAUGGUCACCUUUAACUUCUAUAAAUUUCAGUCCAUUUAAUUAAUGAGUCAGAUUCCUUCUGGCUGUUCUUAAUGCCAGACAUGUUUCUUCAGCUGGAUAUCCUACUUUUCUUUUUUUCUUUACCAGACCUAUUCCUGGAAUACUCUUCCAGUACAAGGUAAAUUCUUUUAAGCUGGAAGAUCCAGCAUUAGAAAUGCCAUGCUGAAGUGUACUCCUGUUAACUCUCUGCAUUCCUUUGAAGCUGUGUCUGAGCUAAUCUUCCUCCUGACUUCAGCUGAAAACAGGUUUAGAAAGUUUGAUAACAUUCCUUUAGCUGCAAAGAGGGAAACAGCUCUUUGAACCCUUGGUUCUGUAGAGGCAUUAACCUGUGUUACAGGUUUUGUAUCUGCCUCCAUUUGUUACCAAAGUAUUUUGUGGCCACCACCACAAUUUCCAAGAGAAGCCUUGAGCAUUGUUAACUGUUCACUGCCACCAGGGAGAAAGGUCCAGCUACACCUGCCAUUUCUCUUGCCCCUGCUCCUGACUUAAUUCUCUGCCAGAAGUUCACAGAAUUUUUCUGCAGGCCAGUUCAUCUCACUAAAAUGAGGGGGAAAAAAAUCUCAUUCUCCACCAUUUUAGUGACAGGAAAAAAAUUGCUCAGAGAAGUAUCCCAGUGAGCAGCAGAGGCAGGAUCAGGGACAUCCUGAAGGUGGGAAUGCUGUGUGGAAAGCUCAGGAGUAUUGGAUCAGGAAACUGAGUCCCAGCACUGAGAGCCUGUGUCACACACAGCUCUGAAUUCAUUUAGGAAAGCACACUGCUGCUGUGCUUAGGCACAGCUCCAAUGCUUCUUUAUACAAAUAUCUCCAAGGGGUGUCAGAGGGUGGUGCCCAGCAGCAGGACAAGGAGCAAUGGCCAUAAACUAAAACACAGUACGUUUCAUCUCCACAUGAGGAAGAACU